AGUUUCAAAAUUCGCAUCUUUAGACAACUCAUCUUGAAAGUGUUGUUCAUUGUUAUUGCUUCUUUUCGCACAAUUAUGUGCGUUUAAUUGAUACAAUAUAAGCGUCUUAAUAAUAAAAACUCAAAUCCACAUCUUGUGUUAUUUCAACUUUGAAAGACACCGUCAGAAACUUUUUAUUUUAACUUAUAAAAGCAUGUCGGCGAAAUUCCCGGUUAUCACAAUUCAAUGCGAUUGGAAUGAAGUCAUAAAACUGCCAAAGUGCAAGGCUUGGAUAUCCUCCAAGUAUUUAAAUCAAAAUAGUGUUCAUGAUGAACUUAAAACAAGCUUAAAUAAUAGCGAUGGGAAGAUUAAGAUAGAAUUCUCAGAUAAUUACCAGUAUAUAUCUCAUGGAAACCUCAGCCUUGUGAUAAAGCACAUAUCUGGUUUGAAGACAGCCUUUGUGGCUCCUACAAAAGCUUAUAAAGUGCAUAAGAAGGGAGUCACUAGUGUGUCUGCUUCUGGCACAGAAAAUGCAUUGGCUAUAUCUGCUUGUGAUGGUGACCAACUUUUAGUUUGGGACAGCAGGACAGGUGAAGUCAUGCUAGACCUUAAAGGCCAUGGUGGUCCAGUGUACAAGAGCAAAUUCUUCAAUUCUGGUGUAGUGGUGAUAUCGGCUGGUGCCGAUGGAUCAUGUCGGAUCUGGUCUGCUGAGACUGGAGUCAACCCUGUCACGCUAAUAGGCCACAAAUUGGCCAUUUGUGAUAUUGCUAUUGUUGAAGUUGGAAGGAAUGUGAUUUCUGUCAGCAAGGAUGGUACUGCAAAGCUGUGGGAUGUUGGUCAAGCAGCGUUUUUGGCCAACAUUGUUGGAGGUCAUGGUCAGAUAAAUUGCUGCACCCUGACAACAACAGCCAAUGACGUGCCUGUUGAGAAUGAGAGAGAGGUGGGAACAAGUAACAAACUCUUAAUUAUUGGUUGCGAGAGUGGCCUAGUCGUCGGUGCCCACGUGGCCAAAAGGGAGGAAAUGUUCCAGAAGCAAAUGGACUCCGCCUGCAAUGCUUGCAUUGUUGUAGGGCAGAAUGCCAUCAUUGGCUGUAGCAGUGGGAAGAUAAUGCUCAUCAACCUUCAAAACGGCGAACAAGGGGAGUUUCACGAAUCCGCGAGCCCAGUCCUAAGCAUGGUAACAUUGCCCAACCAGAUGUUCGCAGUCGGGCGCCAAGACGGCACAUGCACUGUCAUGUCACUACACGAAGCCCACGGUGCCACCCGAGUCCAACUGACCGGCUCAGACUGCGACGGAAUCAGAGACCUAGCCUUCAAUGGAAAAUGGAUUUUUGCUGCCUGCCGUGACUGUAAUGUUAGGAAGUAUGACUUCAAUCAAGUGAUCGUACAUUUUAAGUGAGAGUUAUUACUUCAUGUAACAAUAUCUGUAAGUUAAUUUUUUUUUUGCUCUUUGACCGCCAAGGACGCCCAAUACGCGCACGGAAAGUGUCUUCAGCGCCAUUACGUGUAUAUGCCGGCGGCGUGUAUAUGACGAAUAUCCCCCCGAUCGUAUAGUCCCUGUGUAAUGUUUUGACGGUAGUCACAUUAAACCAAUAGAUAUUGGUAGGAUAGGUUCGUUAGGUUGCUUCAGAUGCCAAAAGGGCAAACUGUCCAGAAAUAAAAAGCUCCGCGGGGCUCCGUCAACAUAGGGAACGAGACACUGAUUUUCACGUUUCACGAUAUGCCUAGGAACUUCAUGAUCUGGCGGAUAUUACGAUCGGUCGCCGACAUUUAAUAGAGAUAAAUAAAUCUACAAAUAUGUUUCUGUAAUCCUUAUCAGCUAGCUUUGAUUUUAAAUAAACUUUUAAACUAACAUAUCCACCAACCACCAACAGCUCUAAAAACAACUUAUGAAUUUUUUGUAGUCCGUGUCUUGGCGGCCAAAGUGUUAAUAGUGAUAGGAUUGUUGUUGACUGAAUUAAGCGUUCUCAAUUAAAUGAGGUAGUCUUGUUGAACUUCAGAGCAAACUAUUUACCUUUAUUAAAAUCGGAGUACUGCGAAGUUUUACCCGCCAUAAUGCUUCACCCAAAAAGUAGUAAUUUUCCGCUCUAAUAUAAGCAAAUAAAACUAGCUGAAUGAUCUAGUGCCUAUAGUGAUUUAUACAUUGAGCUAAAUAAAAUAUGUUCAAGACAUAA